GUUUUACUUCCUCGAUAUCCAGGCAGUGUUGACAGCGCUGCACAAUGAAAUUACUCACUAUAUUAAGUUUAUUCGUAACGUAUUUAGUUUCGGACUGCAUUGAUGUCGAGAAUACAGCAGGCCAGUUCUUCAGCAGUGGUCAUACAAACAACUGGGCUGUUCUGGUGUGUACCUCCAGGUUCUGGUUCAACUACCGACAUGUGGCCAAUUCUCUGUCGGUGUACAGGAGCGUAAAGAGGCUGGGCAUCCCUGACAGUCAUAUAGUUCUGAUGCUGGCCGACGAUAUGGCUUGUAACCACAGAAAUCCCAAACCGGCCACAGUGUUUAGCCACAAGAACAUGGAGCUGAACGUUUACGGCGACGACGUUGAGGUGGAUUACCGUGGAUAUGAGGUGACAGUGGAGAACUUCCUGCGAGUCUUGACUGGGCGGCUUCCCCCCAGCACUCCCCGCUCCAAACGCCUCCUGUCUGACGACCGAAGCAACAUCCUCAUAUACCUCACUGGUCACGGUGGGAACGGCUUCCUUAAGUUCCAGGAUUCGGAGGAGAUCAGCAACGUGGAAUUGGCUGAUGCUUUUGAACAAAUGUGGCAGAAAAGAAGGUAUAACGAGCUGCUCUUCAUCAUCGACACCUGUCAGGGCGCCUCCAUGUACGAGAGGUUUUACUCUCCAAACAUCAUGGCUCUGGCCAGCAGUCAGGUCGGGGAAGACUCCCUGUCGCACCAACCAGAUCUGGCUAUAGGAGUCCAUUUAAUGGAUCGCUACACCUUCUACCUGCUGGAGUUCCUGGAGGACAUCCACCCGGCAAGCAAAGCCGACAUGAACGACCUGUUCAAAGUUUGUCCCAAGAGUCAGUGCGUGUCCACUCCGGGUCAUCGGACCGACCUUUUCCAGAGGGAUCCGGGAAGCGUCCUCAUCACAGACUUCUUCGGUAGCGUCCGCAAAGUUGAGAUCACCACUGAAGUCGUAAACUUAACGGACCCCAUCGAGCAAGAGGACGAGAGCCCUGCGAAUGGAGAAACGCGUGAAGAGAUGUACUCGUACGUGGACCAGCUGCCAGUGUCUGAGAUCAUCCAUCAGAAACCAAAGCAGAAAGACUGGCAUCCUCCUGACGGCUUCAUCCUGGGCCUGUGGACUUUAAUCCUGCUGGUGUUUUUCAAGACCUACGGUGUUAAACAUCUAAAGCACAUCUUCUAAGGAUCCGGCGCAGACACAGUUGGUCGUCCCAGGACCCUGGGAGUCUUUCUGAAGGGGUAUUUGGGAGGAAGCUGCAGUUUGUGUUGGGUUUUUAUACCUAAAUGUGGGAAGAUGAGCAACAGAAAGUACUGAUUUGUAUGAAAAUCCAUAAACUAUUGGUGCCUUUUUUAUGUUUUAAAGCUGCAGUAUGUAACAUUUAUAAAAAAAUACGUUUUUUUUCCAUCUUUAAUAAAAUUGUCACCAUGUUGUGACAGUAUAAAACAGAUAAUCUGUGAAAAAAAUCUAGCUCUUGAUGAGCUAAAAUGCACAGUCAAACAACCAAUUAGAGACACAAGGCGGGUCUUAGUGCUGUCAAUCAUUCUUGUUUAUGCUGCUCAAUGUGCUGAGGGUGGAAAUACUUUUUUUGUUUUUCUGUUAUGCGUGUUUUCUAUUCUUAUUGGUAUUUGUUUAGUUUGGUGAUUAGGUUGUAAAAUGUGAAUCUUGUAUAAAAAAUUCUUACCAUCUUUUUGGUAUUAUACAAAAAAAAGAUGGCAGCGUUCAUGUUAUAAGGUUCAGCUUGGUAAAAAAAAAAACAAGUGGGGCGGUGAACAUGAGAUUGAUUGACAGCGCUAAGACCCGCCCCUUGGCUCUGAUUGGUUGUUUUUGACUGAGAGUUGUAUUUCUGCAUUUUUAAUUUAUUUUUUGGGCAGAUUAUCCAUUUGGCUGUCACAAAAAUAAUUUUAAAAAGUUAAAAAUAUAUUUUUUUGUAAAAGUUGCAUACUGCAGCUUUAAUUGUAGUUGUAUAAUAUAUUGUACAGUAGCAAGAUCUCCUAAAUAUUUCCUUGAGCGUCUGUCAGCAAUAAUAUUUCCCAAAGGAACAAAUCAGCAGCUGUAGUUGUUAUGGAGGCUCAAACUCCUAUUUAACAUUAAUAUAAUUAAUAAAAUGUGUCUUACCAAUCUGAUGUCUAACUUUAUAUCCUUUACCUAAAUGGGUGAUAUUUUAUGAACAAAUAUUUAAAUUUCAGAUUGACAUGCAGAAUCAAAACUUUAUACUGGAUUAGCUGCUUCAUUGAUAUUUGGAACCCUGUGAACUAUUUACAUGGUUCACAAUAUUAUUUAGAUUAUAUCUAAAUUACAAAUGAGUAAAACAAACCAAAAAUUAUGAAAACUGAAUUUGCAGUAGUUGAGGUCAGACGUUUCCAGUAGAGGGAAUAAAAACAGCAUCUGUUCCUGGUUUUCUACUCUUAAAGAAAACAUAUUUAUAUUAUUUAUUGUCAAUGGCUUUAUAAGCUUUGUAAAUAGAGCUGACGAAGCGCUCUUGGAAAUGUUUGAAAAUCGGGAUCUUGCUACUGUCUUGCAAAAAUAACGGAGGAUCUUAUGUGACAGCAACAUAAAGUAAUUCAUAACAGAGGAGUAAAUGGAGUAAAAAAGAAUUUUAAGUACAAGAAUAAAAUUAUAUUAGCAGAAUUAAUGAGAAUAACGUUUUACUGUACGACUAUUCCUGUCAUUAUAGUCGUUUCUUCAUCUGGCCCUUUCACUCUGUCUUCUCUGACCCGUCUGCUGUGUUCCUUCAUGAUGCCGUUUGCUUGCUAAUGUUCUCCAUCAAGAUUAUCUGAUCUAAUAGUUUUUGAACAUAAAUGGUUGCAUUUUAUGUAUUUUGAGGUUUUAGAAUAAAAGGGGCUGGCCAGAAACUCACUUUUCUCACUGUUUUUCACUACUUUUUGUUUCUCUGUCACAUAAAAUCCCUUAAAGUAUGUAAAUGUUUUUACAUAAUGUAAAAAAGUUUAAAGUGUAUGAACACUUUUUCCAAAACUGCACAUAUUAAGAAGUUUGCUUUUGUUUUAUUUUGGCAAAUGUUCUGCCGUUUUUUAUCUAUUUCACUGUUCCUCCAUAUAUUUUUGUGUCGCAUGCAGUGUUGCACUGACAUGCUUUAUGAUGCAGAUAAUUUAAUUUAUUUGGAGAGCGCGUUGCCUCGCAUAUUUCAGCUGCGGCAGCCUAUUUGUUUAAGUGCUACUCUGACUGUCUGCUGGGUCACAGAAGGAAAAAUGCACUUAUUGGUCGUGAGUGGGCUGUGGAGAGAUUACUGCAGGGGUGUCCAAAGUGCGGCUCUGGGGCCGGUUUGCGGCUGGUGGAAUGAUUCUGUGUGGCCGUUGGCCAAAAUUCAAGAAUAUCAGCUUUAUUUCAGCGAGUUGGUAACUGAUAUGCUGAGAGGAAACUAAGGUGAAAUGCUCCAGAAAAAUUAGAGUAGUCGUAAAAUAUGAAUGGUUUGUGUUUUUCUAUUUUAUCAACCAAAUGUUUUGCUUUCAUUUUAAUUUGACAGCAUAUAACUCCACAACCAACCAGCAACUUUUACUCAAAAGUGGAUUUGGAGCACAUCCUUCAUUAGAGACUUAAAGAUGCAGUGUGAAGCUUGUUUAAAAAUAUAUGUGUAUAUUUUUACGUUUGUGUAAACUGUAACUGUCGUAACAGUUUAGAAACAUAAUUUGUGAAAAAGAAACAAACUUCUCCACCUUCUCCCACUCCUUACUAGAAACAACCAAUCAGAGCCAGGAGGCGGGUCUUAGUGCUGUCAAUCAACCUCUCCAUCACCCACUUGUGCUCUGCUACACUGCAGCUAGCAUAGCGUGUUGUGAAUGCUCAGGCUAGUUAGCAUGUGACCGAUAACAGCCGACAAACUGUUUUCCUGUAACAUUAAGUUGCUUCUCCACCAUUAGCACAUUUAGCAGGAUUACAUGAGCUUGAUUCACGGCGAUAAGACCGGCCUCCUGGCUCUGAUUGGUUGUUUUUUAUUUCAUUUCUUUACAUGGAGGAGAUAAAUCUUAUCACAGAUUAUUUGUGUCAUAAACUGUCACAGCAUCCUGACAGUUUCAACAAAUAUGUAAAAAACAUUUUUUAUAUGUUACAUACUGCAGAUUUAAGAAGUUUUUAAAAGGAAAAAGAGGGACUUGUGUCUUGUUCUUGUAGCUUAGAAUACAUCCAAGAUAAUUAACUUUUAGUUUGGAUACUCCUGGAUUUUAACGUCACGCCAGUUUGUUUACACUCUAUUACACUCCUUUUACCUGCGAAUCACAUUUAUAAAGGAUCAUGAUCCAAAAACACAAAAUAUUAGACUUUCUUGUGCAAACAUCUUAGUACAUUUGAAAAAAGACAAAACUAACUUACCAGUAACUUCACCAAGAUAUAGGAGCUUGUUUUAAAUUAAUAAAUAAGUAAAAUUGAAAAGUUUCUUGCUUGAAGUGAACUAAGAUUUUUGCACUAGAAUCUGGACUAACAACGCUUGCUAAGAUUUAGUGUGUUUGCAGUGGUCUGACCUGCAAAUACAGGUCAGACCAUUUUAGAGAAUGGAAUAGUUUCCAUUCUCUAAACUGGAGUCCGAGUUGGAGCAUUCAUUAGCUCCUCUGCUGCUGAUUGACUUUUUGGUGAUGCUUUUCUCCAGCCAGUCUGCAUCUCUGAGCUCCAGUGAAUCUCCCAAUGCCGAAUGAAUCUUCACUCCAUGACGUUUAUUCUUUGGACUUUUUCCCGCGGUGUUACCACUCUGCAUUAGGAUCGUUGGCAGAGGAACAGAUAGAUUGAACCGGAGGUAGUUUAUCUUUGCUCUUUGGCUCGCACUCCGCCCAUCGGCCGCGUGCUGCCACUCUUCCUUAGGGCUGAAAUGGAAAAUGGAUGAAGCUGGAAAUGAAACUGUAUGUACGGAAAGGCAGCCACACUGUGUAUCUUUUUUUCCUUAUGCAUUAUUUAUACAACACUUAUUUCUUUUCCUUUUUCUUAUUUUCUGUAAUCCCGUUUUAGUCUUUCUUCCCUUGUUGGUGGGAGAACAUGGUGUGUAAAGCCCUGGUUAAAAAAACAAAACUAAAAAUCUGAAUAAAUAAAUUAAAAAAGAAA